ACAGUUUUUAACUCUUCUAUGAACACUGAAGGCACGUCUCUGUUCAAGGAGAAACUGUGUUAUGGUUUAUUAAAACAUCCGUUUUUUAAAACGUUCCAGCUGUUGCGUUAAACGUGGCCGUCGCUGUUCGUGCGGAUCAUAGGCUGAUGUGCGCCCUCGGUCUGUCUCAGACUGCCGCUGAAAGUUACUUUAAAGACUUAUAUGAAUCCGUAAAGUCCAAGUGUGAAGAGACGACAUCAUGUCCACAUCCGUGGAAAUAACUGAUUAACCGAGAGCUUCUGACGUUUCACUGUCCAGGAUACAGCGGCGGUCGUGGAGGUAAGGUUCCCAGUCCUGUGUGGGAUGUUAACGGACUGGUGGCGCGUUGAGGCUGAAGGAGCAUGGUGAAACACCAACCCUUGCAGGUCUAUGAGAAGCAGGUCUUUGUGUCCUUUGUCACUGGGAUCUAUGGUUGCCGCUGGAAACGCUACCAGCGUUCCCAAGACGACAGCUCCAGGUGGGAGUGUACAUGGUUCGUCAUCUUGUGCAGCUCUUUCUUUCUGCUUCUCUUUUGGGCGUACUUCUGGUUGGUGGCUCGAAAUGAUUUCAACGAAUUCAACUGGUCGGUAUACAACCGCUCUGGAGAGUGGAAGGAUGAGACGAUCCCCAUCCUCGCAUCCACCACCGUGGGAUUCAGCUACAUCACAUUCUUAAUGAUUUUAGCACUCUUCCAUAUAUCCUUGGGCCAGCAGCUCAACUUGUACUGGGUUCACAAGAUUGGCGUGUUGGCUACGCUGCUCACCACUAUCUCUGGUGUUGUCUCUGUUGAUGAUAUAUGGGGAGAUGAGUGGGACAUCCUGCUUGUAUCACUACAGUCCACAGCACCUUUCCUGCACAUUGGAGCCCUGGCAACAGUCACAGCUAUCAGCUGGUUGGUAGCUGGAUAUGUGGUCCGCAGAGAGCGAUCCAGCUUCCAGGUGAUGGUGUUGGUGAUCUACAUUAUCAUCCUCCUGGCUCUCUGUUUGGCACCGCUCUCAUUUAACUGCCCCUGCAUCAUGGACCGCCACAACCUCAAACCUCGACCAGACGUCAUUGGCCGACGGGGAGCUCCUAUGCUGGCUCCAGAAAACACCAUAGUGUCCUUCAACAGAGCCCUGCAGCAUGGAGCCAGCUCCCUGGAGGCAGACGUCACGAUCAGUGCGGACGGCGUUCCCUUCCUUAUGCGAGACCACACCAUGAGACGAACCACGGAUGUUAGUAAGGUCUUCCCAGUCAGACAGAAUGACGAUGCCUCUUUCUUCAACUGGACAGAGAUUCGCUCUCUGAACGCAGGCCAGUGGUUUUUGGAGAGUGACCCCUACUGGACAGUAGAAACCCUUACAGCCAGGGAACGGAGCAGAAUAGGCAACCAGACGGUUUGCAGUCUGGUGGAAAUGCUGCGUCUGACGGCCAGGGCCAACAGCUCAGCGCUGCUCAACAUCCGGAAGCCUCCACCAGAGCACCCGCGCUACCGGAACUGGUUCAUGGACACGUUGUGGGCUGUGCAGAAGGCAGGCAUUUCCCAGAAGAGGGUGAGGACUGUGACGUGGACCCCCGACACGGACAGGGGGAGGGUGCGAGGGCUUCAGCAGACCGCAAAUGAGAAGCUGUCAAUGCAAGAGAUAAGGCAGAGGGGAAUAACAAGCCUGACCCUCCGCUACAGCAAGGCCAGCCACAAAGACAUACAGGAGUAUCUGGCCAAUAAUGUGAGCGUGACUGUCUACCCAGUGAAUGAGCCCUGGCUCUACUCCAUUCUGUGGUGUAGCGGGGUGCCUUCUGUGUCCUCCGAUGCCCCCCAAAUCCUCCAAAAGGUGCCUUACCCCAUCUGGCUCAUGAGCCAGAGUGCUUACAACUUCAUCUGGAUCACUUCAGAUCUGGUCUCCCUCGCCAUAGUCAUAGGGAUUUUCUGUUUGCAAAAGUGGAGGAUAAGCGGGAUGCAGAACUAUAACCCAGAACAGAUCAUGCUGAGCGCUGUGACGCGUCGGUCCAGUCGGGACGUCAACAUCAUGAAGGAGAGGCUCAUAUUCUCAGAAGUUAACAAUGGGCUCAGCAGUACUGAGGAGCUCUCUCUGUAUCCUGAGAACGGUUAUGCGACAUACUCUCAUGGAGGCCUCAGUCGCUAAACUUAACACACUGCCACAGCUGGAAAAUCUUGGAUGAAAGUUUGAUUUCCACGCUUGACUGACUGAAGGUUAUGUCGGAAGAAAAAGGAGCCCGUCAGAGAAACUGACCUAGUAGUCAACUUACCCUGGAAGUGAAAACAACAUGGAUACCAAAUAUUGUCUAAAGUAAGGACAAUGAAAGUUUCUUCUGUUUGGCCUAUUGAACACAUUAUUCUUUUAGUUUUCCAGUUUUAUGUAAAAUAUGAAUGUGUGUACUAUCUUUUUGUGUGUAAUUUUUCCAUGUUAUUACAUCAGGCUGCCAGUGUCAACCACAUUCCUCAAAAAUAGUUUGCCAUUUACCUUUAAAGUUGCUGUAAGAAGUCAUUUUCUUACUUUCAAUGUUUAAAGGUGUACGCUGGUAAGUGUAGCAAGUAUCUGUCCGUGUUGUCAUCACUUACGGGGUUAGCUAAGCAUUGGGCAAAUGUCUGAGUCAGAUGGUAUUUCCGUCAGAACUGAAUCCAUGGAGCAGGUGACACUGGAGUUUGUGUUUCUCUGCCAUCAAAACAUUUGAAUCAUCAUUUUAAAACAACUUCAAAUCACAUUUAAAUGUAGAAGCUUCUUGGCUUCGUCUUCUUGGAACCAAAAGAUGACUGCUGCUCAUUCAGCAGACAAAUGUGGUGAUGUGCGUGGUGAUUGGGCCACAAAGACAUCUGACUACUAUGAGAAAAAAAUCCCUGUUCGCUUGAGUGACCUUCUCAAAAGUUGUAUUUGAGCUAAUAAAGACUGUAAUGUUGUUUUUUUCCAUGGGAUUUACUUCACUGUUGUUUUUUUUAACAGAAGGAACAGGCUGUGUAGUGUCCUGUAUUAUAAACUGAUGUAAAUAUGAGUUGUUUCACGUGUUUUUAUUUUCUUCCCUCUGAGAGGAUUUCAAUGGUUUGGUUAAAUCAAUUGUGUAUUUUAUGUUUGGUUUUAUUAUCACAAGACUGAUGUCUUCUUUUAAUUGUGAAAGACAGAUUAGGGCACAUGUGAAAACGUAUUUUCUUGCAGUUUCGUGGGAUGAGGGGCUUUGGGGAGAGUAUAUUGUGGUCAGUGGUCUGAUCUUUUUUCUGCCUCUUUUCUGUCAUGCCAUGAUUGAUUUACUUUAUAGUCAUAUUAGCUAGUACAACUUUCACAUGGCUGCCUUUUUGUUAAAUUAAUUGACUAGUGGAAUAUUGUCUAAUAGUAUUUGUAGUUUAGUGAUUGGUAAUAUAAAACUACUUUUGCCGCAGACAUGUUCAAUAAAAGGAAUAUUUUCUCUUGU